UGGGAGAGUAGUGUUGCGCCUGCAAUAAUUCGAUUUUCCGAAGAGAUUUUUACAAAAGUGAAAAGAAGUCAUUCGCGAAUUUCCCGGGACCGUUCGAAUCAUUUCUAACAAGUGUGCAUCAUGUCUACCGAAAAGGAAAACAUUUUUGUCUUUGUGCCUAAUCUGAUUGGGUAUGGCCGGAUUGUGCUGGCGCUAGUUUCGUUCUACUACAUGCCCAACAACUACGUGAUCGCCGGGUGGUGCUACAUCGUAAGCGUCGUGCUGGAUGCCCUCGAUGGGCACGCAGCGAGACGCUUCAAUCAAUCUACAAAGUUUGGAGCCAUGCUCGAUCAGCUGACUGAUCGCUGCGGAACGAUGGGACUUCUGGUGAUGCUAAGUUUCUUCUACCCGCAGUACAUGUUCUGGUUCCAGUUGUCGAUGGCUAUCGAUGUCGCUUGCCAUUGGUUCUACCUGCAUACGACUGUCCUGCAGGGUAAAACGUCGCACAAAUUUAUUGACAUGUCUGGUAAUCCGAUCAUGCGCGUCUACUACACCAACCGGACCGUGCUGGGCUUUAUGUGCUUGUUCAACGAACUGUUCUAUGCUGCCCUGUACCUGUUGCACUUCACUCCGGGACCGAUGAUCCUCGGCAUGUCGUCGUUCAAGAUGUUGGCCAUCUUCUCGGCACCGGUGGCCAUCGUCAAGACGAUCAUUUCGGUUAUCCAUGGGUACGUUGCCAGCAUGAACAUUGGCGUGAUUGACGUGGCCGAACGCGAGGCCCAACGGGAACGGGAAGCUGCCAAAAAGCCACAAUAAGCUGUGCCCGUUCGAUCCCGGUGUGCCUGUCCAGUGGACUUGGUUUGUAUUAUGGCUACACGUUCCUUCCCGUUUCCUUGCGUCUUCUUGCCGGGUGUAGAGAAGGGGAAGUCAGAUUUCUUCAUGAGUGUCAAUCCAUCGCGCGUAACUGAACAAUCCAACAGCAUUCGUUCGUAGUUUUAAGUGGGAUUGGUC